CCUCGCAACAACAACAACAAGGUGUGGCUAAGGAGAGGCACUGUUGGGAGUUCGUGCUGUGCUGUUUUUAUUUAACUGUGACACAGGCCACGGCUGUGUGUACUUGUGUGAUGCUGGUUCUUGUCAGGAAGCGCCUCAGGAAUCCAGGAGCCUGCUCAUAAGGACCAGGAAGGCAUAUACUGUUGAGCAAACACACACACGUGGACCCACCACCACUACCAGCACCACCAUGAGCCUGAAAGAGUCACCAUACGCUGCUGGCAUCGCUGAGUUGCUGCGAACACUAGAGGUCCUCACAGCUUCUCCAGCUCGCCAACACCCCGCCACUAACCAGCAUAUCAUUGCUAGUAAUGUUAAAGAGGGCAGUGGACAUAAUUCUGCCGCUACACUGAGAAUCUUGAGAAGCUUUUCUCCUACAGGCGCAUCACAUGUCAACUUCUCUUUGAAUACCUGCACAAGAAGAAGGUGCCAGUCCGUACCGGGGAAAGCAAGCUGGAGAUGAUCGAGAGGGUCAAGGCGCUGUGGAAGCAGAAGUCAAAACCCAAGACAGAAAAUGUGUUGCCACUCAAGGCAAGAGAGAGCCAGGAAUUGAUGAGAUCCCCAGCCAAAGCAUCUGAGAUAGACAAAAGCACCACAAACAUCAGCCUCAGCUACUGCAGUGCCCGCAAGCCUCACACCCACCAGCUCUGUGAACAUUAAGCUGAACUCACAAGAUCUACAAGUUGAUGUUAAUUUGAUGCCUGGUGCUGGAAUGGUAAGAAGUGAUGUGUUUGCAAGGGAGUUUUGCAAAUGGUUCUUUGUGAUGCUGAACCGCCUGCAACCUCAAGGGGCAGUACAGGUUGGUGACACCUUCUCCUCAGAUGUGUUCAUGGCAAACUGUACCAUGGAUAUUUACCUCUACGGUGCCAUAAACACCGAUAAACAUGCCACAGGGCAGAACAAUGCAUAUACACUGCCUCAAAAAUGUGUGCACCGACUUCCAACUCAUGUUUGUACCAGAGAUAGACUCAGGCGUGAGGGCUGAGAUGUCGCAGCAUGGCUUGGUGAAGCUGUACUGCGUGGGCACACUGCACCAAGGAGAAACAUUCAUUGGUGUGUUUGAACAAGAGUUUGGCCUAGUCAAGUGUCCACAGGGGGGAUGGAAGAUUUUGAUGACCAAGCUUAACCUCAAAACAAGCCCAGAAAGAAAGUGUGUGCCUCCCUGCUCUUCCCCAGGGCCCUGUGUUUGAGAUUCCCCACUGAAGUGUUAGUAAGACCUGUGGGAGUGCUGAAGAACACCUGGGAGUGGUGUGUGGAAGAUGUGAGAAAGAACAUUAGGGAAGAGACUUGGGAAGUUAGGAAAAAAAAACAACAAAAAGAAAAAAAUUGGGGAUGGUGUAUGGAGGAAGACUUGACAAGGAGACCAGUGGGAAGACUGGAAGACCUGGGGAUGGUGUGUGGAGAACAGGACAAGGAGACCAUUGGGAAAACUAAAGAUGGUGUGUGGAGGAGGACAUGAUAAAGAGCAUGAAAAAGAGAGAUGGUGAUAAUUAUAGGAUGACUAAAUAACAUGUGAUAAUAAGGCUAAUUGCUUCUUUGUUGUUCUUCUAUUACUGCAUUAUAUACAUUGUUUUUUACUUAUAGAAGUGACGUGUUUGCAAAGGAGUUUUGCAAAUGGUUCUUUGUGAUGCUGAAUCGCUUGCAACCUCAAGGGGUAGUACAGGUUGGUGACACCUUCUCCUCAGAUGUGUUCAUGGCAAACUGUACCAUGGAUAUUUACCUCUACGGUGCCAUAAACACCGAUAAACAUGCCACAGGGCAGAACAAUGCAUAUACACUGCUCAAAAAUGUGUGCACCGACUUCCAACUCAUGUUUGUACCAGAGAUAGACUCAGGCGUGAGGGCUGAGAUGUCGCAGCAUGGCUUGGUGAAGCUGUACUGCGUGGGCACACUGCACCAAGGAGAAACAUUCAUUGGUGUGUUUGAACAAGAGUUUGGCCUAGUCAAGUGUCCACAGGGGGGAUGGAAGAUUUUGAUGACCAAGCUUAGCCUCAAACAAGCCCAGAAAGAAAGUGUGUGCCUCCCUGCUCUUCCCCAGGGCCCUGUGUUUGAGAUUCCCCUCUGAAGUGUUAGUAAGACCUGUGGGAGUGCUGAAGAACACCUGGGAGUGGUGUGUGGAAGAUGUGAGAAAGAACAUUAGGGAAGAAACUUGGGAAAUUAGGAAAAAAAAAAAAAAAAAAAAAAAAAAUUGGGGAUGGUGUAUGGAGGAGGACUUGACAAGGAGACCAGUGGGAAGACUGGAAGACCUGGGGAUGGUGUGUGGAGAACAGGACAAGGAGACCAUUGGGAAAACUAAAGAUGGUGUGUGGAGGAGGACAUGAUAAGGAACAUGAAAAAGAGAGAUGGUGAUAAUUAUAGGAUGACUAAAUAACAUGUGAUAAUAAGGCUAAUUGCUUCUUUGUUGUUCUUCUAUUACUGCAUUAUAUACAGUGUUUUUUACUUAUAGAAGAAUUGUUAGUCUUAAGUACAGAUUACUGAGAGAAUAAAAUAACUCUGAUGAUA